UUGCAUGCUGGGUAAAAGGGACUGGGACUGCGAGGAAAGGGAAAACUGAGCGUAUCCGAGCCGGCUUUUAACCUUCAUUUACAUUGAAAACAAGCUCAGGAAUUCGGCGUUCUGGGUCUAGGCCUGACCGUCAGCCCAUGGCGUGGACCCAUAGCAUCUGAACCAUGAGAAUUGCCUGGUGACAUCUGAAGGUCUGUGUUUGUCGCCUCGAGAGACAGUGGGACCAUGGAGCCAGAAGUGAUCCGAAUGUACUCCUCUUCCCCGCCCCCUUUGGACGAUGGGGCAGAAGAGGAUGAUGAUGAAUUUGGAGAGUUUGGGGGCUUUUCCGGGGUUUCCUCCAGCGUCAGCCUCACGGAUUUCGACUCGCCUGGCGCCUCUAGAGCAGACGUUGUGCCCCCCAACCACUUCUUGCCUGAGAAAGACUUCUCCAACCAUGUCGAUGGCUUUGCAGACUUCAGCCCAGGGCCCUUUGGUAAAGACAGGGACUCCGGUGAGGAGAUAUCCAAAUCAGCUGACGCUGGCCUCUGCAGUGUAGAAAUUGGCACCAGCAAUGACAUCUCAACAUCCGCUAAGCCUGUCAUCAACGAGGAUACUGUAUAUAAAGAGGAAAUGAAAAGGCUGGCAGACCAAAAUAACACAGACGUUUUUUUGAACUGUUCCACUGCAGAGGUGAGUAGUAGAACUGAUAUCAAACACCAGACACACCAGGCCCUGGACUGCAAUGGUGGCAUGACCACGGAAAUUCUCACAAAUGGGUUUGCGGGAUUUGACAUGCAGGACUCCCUACCUCAGGCAGCUGGGAGGCUGGCUGGUUUUACUGACUCAGUGGGACAGAAACACAUCAGCUCUGAAUCAAGAUUACCCUUCUCUCCUCCUAGUCCUGAGGACAGAUUUGCUGAUUUCUCCUCUAUCCCCGGUGCCGACGCAUCUGCCGACAGCACCCAGUCUACAGAGGCGAGAGAGACUCACAGAGAAGGCUCAAGCCAAGAGGAAUCACUGACCGGCCAGGAUAGCUUUGUGGCACAUAGUGUUAAUGAACUUCACCUCCCUGCGCUUGCUGGGGUAAGCUCAAACAGUGAUGGAGCUGGAGAGACAGAGGCUCAUCCCUCGAGAUCUCUAGCUGAUGGCACAGAAAGCUUAAGCAAUGGGGAAAAGGGCUCUGAGAUAGUGGAGGACACAGAACAAGCUGUAUAUGGACGGGAGUACCAAGGAGCUGAAUGUGAAGCUGUUCAUCAGCCUGUUGGUGUGCCGUACAGUACAGAUCAAGCGGACACUCAAAACGGAGGACAGGAAACCGGGGCUGAGGAAUCCGAUGUUUGUGGGAGUAGUAAAAAUGUAUCCUCAGGCCGCGUGGACGGGGGAUCUGGCCAGACAGCCACCAGGCAGGAGGCUGAAGACGAGGAGUGGGAAGGGGAGUCUGCAGUCAGAAGCACAAGUGCAUCAAUUAGUGAGGAGUUUGCUUCUUUCUGUCAGGCUGCCUCUCCCGAUGGGCUGGAGGAUUUUGGAGAAUUUAGCAUGACCAAUAGUGCUCCUUCACUGCCUUUUUCCCAAGGGAUUACAGCUGCCCAGAACCUGGAAACAACAGAUUUGGCAGAGCAGGCGAAGGAGCCAGAGGAUGAAGAUUUUGGCGAUUUUGGGGGAGCGGUGUCUUUUGAAAGUCAGGAUUUUGCAGACUUUAGCCAGCCUGUGGUUGACCAUGAUUCACUUGGUCGACCAGGUCAGUUUGAAAACCAGGGAGACAGUGCUGAUGUCCGCAAAGACCCUUGUGAAGAAUCAAAUGAUGAAGGAGAUUUUGGGGAUUUUGGUGAAGCCCACAAACCAAAAGACGGUGAGGAGGAAUUUGCUGAUUUCGCUGGCAGCGAUGGCUUCGCAGACUUCAGCUCUGCCCGUGGGAGUCAGGAUGUGGGCUGGAAUGCUUUUGGAGAGCAGGACCAGAGCGGGGGUGACUCUUGGGCAGCGUUUGGGCAGGAUCAGCCCAGCGAUUUGGUGGAAGGAGAGACGUCCAGCAGUACCAUGGCAGCGACCUCUUCAGGCAGCCCACGGACCUGCAGGAAGGCCCAGUCUUCCUUUGCUUUUCAGGGUGCGGACAGCACAUUGAGCCCCGACACGCAACAGGAAGCCCAGAAAGCGCCUUUGGUGAGUCGCCUGGAGCGACUUUUCCAAGCAAGCUUUCAUUCAGCGCCCGUUCCCGAAGCCGAUGAAGACAUCCCUUCUCUGAAGACCCUGCUGGAACUAGGGGAGCGGCCAUCCGAGCCGGACAAGACCUUAACGCCACACGGGGAGCUGCUGUACGUGUGGAGGGAGCUGCAGGACGUCCACGAUGCCUAUGGACUGAGGUACCAGUGGGGUGGCUCCCACAGCAACAAAAAGCUGCUCUGCUCCCUGGGGAUCGACACUAGGAACAUACUGUUCACAGGGCAGAAGAAGCAACCUGUCAUAGUACCCAUGUAUGCAGCUAGUCUGGGUAUGUUGGAGCCCACCAAAGAACCUGUGAAACCAAUUUCAGCUGCAGAGAAGAUUGCUUCAAUAGCACAAGCCCCUCCUGUGUCCCCAGAAAUGAGUGCUGAUCAAACCCAGGAGACCCUCCCACCCGUCCAGUUUGACUGGAGUAGCAGUGGCCUUACUAACCCUCUAGAUGCUAGCGGGGGUUCCACUCUUCUGAACCUCGAUUUCUUUGGGCCCGUGGAUGACUCUAGCUCUAGCAGCACCACCACUAUCCCAGGUGUGGACCCCGAGCUUUACGAACUGACCACCGCUAAACUGGAGAGCAGCAGCACGUCCAGCCGCGUGGUGGACGCCUUCGCCAGGCUGAUGUCCACGGUGGACAAGACGAGCACAUCUGCAAGGAAGCCCAGGAAGGACGAGAACCUGAGCGAGGAGGCGGCCAAGGUGAUCGCCAGCCUCCCUGACCUGUCGUUCAUGCAGGCCAAAGUGCUGAUGUUCCCUGCCACCCUCACCCCGCUGAGCACACAGCAGGAGCCCGCGGACUGACGCAGCCGCCCCACCGCUUUUAUAGUACUUUUAAUAAAUCCUUACCCACUUCCUGAAAUAUCUAAGCAUUCAAGGUGAUUUCUUGACCGGUAUCUCUGGAAACGCUAUAAAUAGAAUAUUAAUAAAAAUGUAUAUUUAUUUAUAUACUGAAGUCCUAAAAGUCAUGUUUAUAUUAGUAGAAUCAAUCUGUAAAUAAUCAGGGAUCAACAUUUUUGGAAGAUUUUUCUUCUUUUUUUUUUUUUUUUGCUGUGCUGGGGGGGCUGUAAAAGUUUCUUUUGUGAGCAAAAACACUGGUUCACAUGCUUCCUAGAAGGUGUGAUUUUAAAAAACCAACUUGAAAGCCGCACUGCCUGCGAAAUCCAGGUGAAUGUUUCCCGCCUCCUUAAGUUUUAUGUUUCUUUUACUGCGUGUAGAUUUUAUCCUUAUCCUUUUUUUUAAGAAGAAAUCUGUUCACGUUCUGUCUUUAUGGUUUUGUUCAUUAAGGACCAGGCUUAAUAUUUAUGAGCAGUAGCUGCUUGCCUCUUCACAUUCUGGCAUUAGCAGAUGGCUGUAUGCAGCCAUUAUCAGUAGUGCUCCUUUCAUAAGGGCUUGUUUUUUUCAUUUCUGGUUCAUGCCACUGGUCUGGAAUGAUAAAUAGAAAUCAAUGUAAGAAGUUUAUGAUGAUGAUAAUCAACUCAAAUGACAGGGAAUGAGGGACCAAUUAUUGCGUCGUUGUCUCUGGUUACGAGCUGAUAAUGUUACAGGUGUUUUGCAUUUUUGUUCUCUCUUUCUUUUUACCACUGUACUUGUUUUAAUGAGGAUUUUGCACAUUUUAAAGGUAAGAUGGAUGUAAUCAUAGUUCGCUGUGGUUUUAGGCUGUGUACAGUAAAACUAUGGACUGUAAAUGUAAGAGGAAAAUUCCUAUGGAAAAACAAUACACUGAGGAGCCUGUAAAAAGGUGAAUAUGCAUGCCCAGGUUCUUUUCAGACUUUAGUGUGUAAAUUUUACUUUUAGUGUACACAAAUUAAAAUAAUUUAAGAGGAA